GUAAGCUUGCGUUGCAUGGGUUCCUUUAGUUUUUAGGUAGGAGGGUUUUGUGCGCCCCUGGCUCGAAAUAUUCUCGUCAUUCCAUCGGAGUGAUCGAUCGAGAUCGAGAGAGUGAGUGAUCGAUCGAGAUCGAUCGAGCGAGGGAGCGCGAUCCUACUGUCGCGAUCGAUCAGGCGGCAGCGCUUUCUAUUUGAUUGCCGCCCAUUGCCGCGCGUGAGAAGGCGAUCGAGAAGGGGGAUGGACAAUGUGCCCUUGCUCCAGGGAUUCCAGGAGCGGCGCGAAUGCUGUGGCCGAUUCGGGAGCUGCAAGGUCGACAGCGGCGGCAAUGGCGAUCGCGAUAUCGAUCUGGAGCGGCAGCAGCACACGGUGAUUUGCAAGCUUUCCAGGUUCCAAUACUACGAUAUGCUCACGGAGGAGGCAUUCGAGGACUCAUCGUCGCCUCAUCAAAAUCACGGAAUCCGUGAGUAUAACAAGAAGCAGCGCGAAGCGCUUGCUAUGUUUGAAGAGGUUGACGCGCUGAGUCAUCUGGGACAAGGACUGAGAGACGAUGGUAAAUCGAGUGCUGAUCGGGAAGCUCUGGCUGUUAACUGCUCCAAUCUGUGGAACGUCAUACUUCUUGCUUUGAAGGUAUAUGCAACAGUAGCAAGUGGUUCUCUGGCAAUCGCGGCCUCGACACUAGAUUCUCUCCUUGACUUGUUGGCUGGCGGCAUUCUUUGGUUCACCCAAUGGACAAUGAAAAGGACGGACAUUUACAACUAUCCCAUCGGGAAGCUGAGAGUUCAACCUGUUGGGAUUGUGGUUUUCGCGGCUGUUAUGGCAACUCUUGGCCUCCAGGUGCUUAUAGAAGGCGUGAGACAGCUUCUCAACGGGAAGCCCGAAACUCACCUAGAUAUGUCACAGUCGAUAUGGAUGAUAGCGAUCAUGGGAACAGCCAUCGUCGUCAAGCUGGGACUCUUUCUGUACUGCCGGAGCUUCAAGGACGAGAUAAUUCUCGCGUAUGCAAUGGAUCACCAGUUCGACGUGAUCACGAACGUGGUUGGCUUAGCGGCAGCUCUACUCGCUGAUCGCUUCUACUGGUGGCUGGAUCCCAUUGGUGCUGUAGCUCUGGCGAUCUACACCAUUGUCAAUUGGUCCAAGACGGUUUUCGAGAAUGCAGUGUCGUUGAUCGGAAAGUCGGCACCACCGGAAGUCCUCCAGAAGCUGACUUACAUGGCUUUCAAUCACCACCGUGACAUCCAACACAUUGACACGGUCCGCGCUUACACAUUUGGAGCUCUCUUCUUCGUUGAGGUUGAUAUCCAACUUCCAGAGACGAUGCCACUGAAAGAAGCUCACGACAUUGGCCAAUCUCUGCAAGACAAGAUCGAAGCUCUCGCAGAAGUAGAGCGUGCUUUCGUCCACCUCGAUUUCGAGUGUACGCACAAACCAGAGCACCAAAAGAGCCACUUCAUCACAGACGUGUAAAAUAGACAGAGGCGGUUCGGAGAAAGGAAUCGAACCUGGAAAUACAAUAAAGUUUAAUUAUCCUGUUUC